UGGGAUUAGCUCUGUGAUGGAGCUGCAGCUGUUUACGUGGCUGGCUCGUCGACGAAAAUGCCUUGUGAUGCAAUGUCGGCUUUAGAAGGGUUGUGUCAGAGGAGACGCGCGGGAGGAUCAAAGGAGGUUGCUUCAAGGUGGCUCAAGGCUUUGGAGAAGGCAGGGAGGUACAAUGUUGAGGCUUGGUCUUAAAUCCAACUUCCUUACGUUAUAUGAAGCCAUGUAGCUUUUUUUUUACUUUAUUUUGAUAAUUCACACAGUAACAAAGUUAACUAAAACGGAAGAGGAUUUGUCUAGUGUGAUGUAUGUCUAAAUAAAUUU